AUGUCACCGACAGCCAAGGGUCAUGCUUCGAUUCAGGACAUGAUUACAUUGAUUGCACCUCCAUCUCGAGACGAACUCAUCCAAGCUGAGCUUCAGUUGUGUCGGUUAGCUCAGCAAGAUUCAUUUGCGGAUGAUUUACCCGCGGUUAAAAACGGCAAGGAUCUACCACGCAAUUCAAAGCUGAAAUGGUUGUCCCCCAUUAUUGAUGAGGCGGGAAUCCUGCGUGUUGGUGGCCGGCUUCGCAACGCACAAAUAGCAGAAUACGCGAAGCAUCCCAUACUUCUUUCUGCAAAACACCCGCUCGCAGCAUUGUUAGCAGUCGCGUAUCACCAGAAGUAUAUGCACACCGGUCCUGAACACUUAUUAUCCAUCCUUCGUGAACGCUUCUGGAUAAUCGGUGGCCGUAAUUUGACCAAGUUGGUUUUCCAUCGGUGUCACAAUUGUUUCAAGGCCAAACCUACACUGGUGCAACAAUCCGUUGCAGAUCUUCCGACAUCAAGGGUUACACCCACAAGACCGUUUGCUGUCAGUGGUGUGGACUAUUGCGGUCCGGUAUUGCUGAAGUCGCCUGUUCGCAAUAGAAGUCCCACCAAGGCAUACAUCGCCAUCUUCGUGUGCUUUGCAACACGAGCGGUCCACAUUGAGUUGGUGAAUGAUCUCACUACGGCGGCAUUUUUGGCAGCACUAAGGCGCUUCGUGGCUCGCAGAGGCAAAAUCGCGGAACUGCAUUCAGAUAAUGCCACUACGUUUAAGGGGGCUGCACACGAACUUCAUCGCCUCUACGAGAUGUUCAAGUGCAGCAAUAGCGAACGCAUCGAAAUCUUCAACUGGUGUGCCAAUGAAGAAAUUCAGUGGAAGUUUAUUCCACCUCCGGCGCCACACUUCGGAGGACUGUGGGAGGCUGCUGUACGAUCCGCUAAACAGCACCUAAUUCGCACGAUAGGAAGUACGAGCCUCACUCAGGAGGGAAUGGUAACAUUGCUAGCACAGGUCGAACAAUGCUUAAAUUCAAGACCCUUGAUUCCGCUUUCUAGUGAGCCUUCGGACACGCAACCACUCACUCCGGGUCAUUUUUUGGUAGGGUCGAACAUGCUGGAACAUGCCAGUUGA